AAUUGUUUGGCAACAACCGAUUUUGUGUUUAUCUGGAUCUCGCUAUUUGAAGUGAAUUUUUUUUUUCCAAUCUUAUUUUGCAUUAAUUUUCGUACUUUCUGGUUAGUAUAACUGUUCACACUUCAGCUGUUAGAGAAUAUGGUGGUGUUUGCAUGCAACCAGUGUGGACAAUCUGUGAAAAAGAAUCAAGUAGACAAGCAUUGUUUCCAGUGUAGAGGUUGCCAGUCUUUAUCAUGUAUGGAUUGCGGCAAAGACUUUUGGGGGGAUGAUUAUAAAAGUCACACCAAAUGUGUAUCAGAAGACCAGAAAUAUGGAGGAAAGGAUUUUAAACCCAAACCAAGCAGCAAUAAAGGAGAAGUUAAGCAAGUUCAGUGGAUUGAACAUAUUAAGAAAGUCAUUGCAACAAAGAAUCUAUCUGGGCCAUUAUCAAGCUUAUUAAGAGAAAUAACUGAAUUUCAAAACAUUCCAAGGAAGCGGGUUAAGUUUGAGGUGAAUUCUUAAAUGAUUAAUUUCUCU